GAUUUCACUUCAUUUCUUCAAUAUACUUGUCGUCGCCCAGCUCCUUCCUUUCCCAAGACGACAUGCGUAAUUACAUAUAAACUUAGCCAUAACGCAAAGAAACCAUUUGGAACCGGAAGUUGCGCCCCGGAUCCCUUUUCCUUUACAACUGUUCAUCUGUCCCAAUUUUUGGUCCAUUGGAGUAGGAGCCCAUUGAUAUCCAGGUCGUUUCCUUUUUCCUUCUUCACUUUCUGCCAUGUUGGAUUAUAAUAGGGAGUUACCACCAUGUUUCCCACCAACCAAAGUUGCUUUUCAAGGCAAUCCUCAUCACCAAUAUCCACCAUCUCAGGUCCACCCAUAUCAUACACCAUUUUCAUCUCACCAUACAUAUCCAACCCCACCUCCAUCACCACUAUCAUUUGCGAUGCCUCAGGAUCAUAGGAUAGGUACAAUACUUGGAGAAACUCUAUUAUUGUCUCGAGUCUUAGGCUCAGGAGCCUACGGAACUGUUUAUUAUGCUCAGGAUUUGUCCACUGGAAAAGAGUAUGCUGUAAAGGCGCUCAACAAAAGAAAUGCCUACGGGCAGCCCUUGGACGCAAGACAACGAGCCUAUCAAUCAAGAGAGAUAGCCCUGCACUGGAGUGCUUCCGCGCAUCCUAACAUAGUUUCGAUGUACAAGAUUCUCGAUGACCCGGACUGCACCUAUGUUAUUCUGGACUACUACCAGGAAGGAGAUCUUUUUUCAAAUAUUACCGAGGGUGGUAGAUAUGUAGGUCAUGAUGCCCUGAUCCGGAGCAUCUUCCUCCAAAUUUUGGAUGCCACGGAACAUUGCCACCGCCUUGGAAUAUACCAUAGGGAUCUCAAGCCUGAGAACAUUCUGGUCGCCAAUUCCGGUCAUACCGUUUGCCUAGCAGACUUUGGAUUGGCCACCCAGGAGCCAACAUCUCGCGAUCACGCAUGCGGAUCUACAUUCUACAUGUCUCCAGAGUGUCUAGAACAAUCAUAUAAGCCAUACAGAUGUGCCCCAAACGAUGUCUGGUCUCUCGGAGUGAUCUUGGUCAACCUUACCUUUGGAAGAAAUCCUUGGAGACAAGCCUCAUGGGACGAUGCUACAUACAAUGCUUUUCUCAAGAACCCAGAUUUCUUGAAAACUAUUUUGAACCCAUCGGACGAGCUCAAUGUCAUUUUACAAAUGAUCUUUCAACAGGACCCAGAUCUCCGUAUCACCGUUCCAGAGCUGAGGUUAAGAAUACAACAAUUGCCAGGUUUCUACGCUUCCCCUUCCCAAGGAUCUUGCCGUACACCCGCACCAAUUGUCGGUAAUUUGACCAAUGACUCUGGGUACUCUACCUCAUCUCCAUGUGUCGCAAGUCCAUUUCGAUCCUCAACCUCGUCUCGCGACUCUGCUAUUUAUACCGAUGAUGGGUGUACCAGCACACUAAAUGGAAUCACUAAUUCGACUCGAUCGUCACGCAGCACCGGCAAUUCUUUAAUAGAUUCAAACAACCGUGAUAACGCAAAUCGCGAUGUGCUUGCCCAUAGGCAUGCUUACUUUAAUGGACUACCAACACCUUCUGGCUCUCAAGGAUCUUGCCAGUCAUCUUCAAUUUAUACAAAAGUUGGAACACCUUUCCCACGGAAGUUUUGAAUAAACCGGCUGUGGAAUGUGCAGAAUUCACGAGGAAUUCUCUUUUUCAGAAAAAGUUUCACUUAUUUUUUUAUUGACCUUAAUUUUGGAAUUCAUUGUAUAGUUUUUUUUUUGGACCGGGCUGCUUAAAAGGGGUGCAGAAUCCGGUUAUUGCAUGAUUAAAACGAAGAAACGUUGGGAUUUUGACCUUGGGUCUUUGGUGCAGGAAUCAACCAGGCGUUUAGGGCAGAUAGGACAAGCAUGGCGGCGGCAGCAUGUCGUCUACUGGGAGUUGUGGUGCUUUUUAUCAUGAUACAUUUUUUGGAGUUACCGGAUUUUCUUUUAAGCCAUAUGGUAAUUUCGCUUUAUACCCUUUGGGCGGAACUUUUCCAACGCAUAGGACGGUAGAAGGAUGGAAUUUUCAUGCUUGUCUGGCUAGACAAGCUUCCAUGGCAAUAAAAUACGUUACAGACCACUUGUAAAUAAGCGGUCGGGUUUAAGGGAUAAGAUGGUGUUGGGAAGAAGAAUAGGUAUAAUGUACAUGUACAUCGAAAUAGCAUCUCAUGCAUCGAACGGAGUCAUCGCUCUACCAGCAGUUAGAAUAGUACAGCA